AUGCUGCACUGGACACCUAACACCAGUCCUAACUUGGUGCCCUCUGCAAUUGUCGGGCCAUCCCUGCCCGAGUUUCAAGGAGCGCCGAAGGGCACCGCCUUCCUCCCUCCCUCCUCCCUCCCUCCCUCUCACCUCCCCCCCUCGCUCGCCGCCGAUUGCGGGGCGCGCAGGAGGCGCGCCCUCAGCUCCGCGGCCCGCCGUGCCGCUCUCGGGGGAGCCCGGGCGCGGCAGGCGGAGCGCGGCCUUGGCGCCAGCAUGGGGGUGCGCAGGGGGUGGCUGCCGCAGCUGCCCCGCGCGGCCACGGCGUGGCAGGCGCCUCGCAGGAGCAGUCCUGAGGUCUUGAGGGAAGGAGGAGGAGGAGGAGCAUCAUUUGUCGACUCCUAG